AAGAACUGGCGGCUGUUUUUUUUUCGGGUGGCGGCGGGAGCAGAUCGUGGAGAGACUCGAAAUUUUUCGAGUAUAAAAAGACGAGCGUUUCGACGAUUUGGUACAGUCGGUCGUCUGACGCUUAACGAUAUCAACAAACCGAUCUUCUCUCGCGAGACAACACACCUCAACCUCUCAAGAUGAAAUACUUGGCUGUUAUCUUGGCUUUCUGCUUGGCCGGUGCAUACGCCGGUCUUAGCGACGAGCAAAAGGCCAAACUGGUCGAGCACAGGAAGGUGUGCGUGGCCGAGACCGGCCUCGACCCCGUCGUCGUCGAGAACAUCAAGAAGGGCCAGCCCGUGCAGUUCGACGAGAAGCUCAGCUGCUUCGCCGCCUGCAUGCUCAAGAGAAUCGGCAUCAUGAGACCCGACGGAUCCAUGGAUGAGCAGGUCGCCCGCGCCAAGCUGCCCAAGGACCUGCCCAAGGACAAGGUCGACGCCGUGAUCAACAGCUGCAAGACCCAGGUCGGCAGAAACCAGUGCGAGACCGGUGGCAAAGUCUUGGGAUGUCUCCUCAAGACCAAAGCCGUCUCCAUCCUCGCUUAAUUUCAUCGUCUUCCAUUGACAACUGGUCGUAUAUAUAAUUCACGAUCGACGAGUUAAGAUACGUCGUUCGAGCAUUUUUCUCAUUUGUGACAAAAAAACAAACAAAUUGUGAU